CGCCGGCGUUGGCGCCAUGCGUUUCCGGGCGAAGCUGGUGGACGUGGGCUGCCUCAACCACUUCACCCGGGUAAGCAUCACGAUCGCCAAGCUAACCAAGACCUGCACUCUACGCCUCACCUCGGACAAGCUGUAUUUCAUCCUUUCGGACAAAGUGGCCAACGGAGGGGUCAGCAUGUGGUGUGAGCUGAGUCAGGGCAAUUUCUUCGAUGAAUUCCAAAUGGAGGGAAUAGCAGAAGAAUACAAUGAGAUUUAUUUAGAGCUUACAGCUGAAAACUUAUCCAGGGCGUUGAAAACCGCCCAGAAUGCCAAGGCUGUGAAAAUCAAGCUGACGAACAAGCACUGCCCCUGCCUCACGGUAGCCGUGGAACUGCCAUCUUUGUCAAGCAGUAGUCGCAUUGUGACUCACGACAUCCCUGUGGGGGUCAUCCCUAGAAAAUUGUGGAUCGAUUUCCGAGAGCCGAGGGUGCCGGACUUUGAUGUUAGCAUUUAUUUACCCAUGUUGAAGAUCAUGAAGAGUGUUGUGGAAAGAAUGAAGAACAUCAGUAAUUAUAUUGUUAUUGAAGCCAAUCUGAGUGGAGAAAUGAACUUGAAAAUAGAAACUGACUUAGUGUCCGUUACAACACAUUUCAAGGACCUUGGAAAUCCUCCGUGGACCUCUGAAGACACUUCCCAAUGCAGAGACCCAGACAGAAUGUCCGAGGUUCGAAUAGAUAUUCGAAAACUCUUACAGUUUCUUGCGGGGCAACAAGUAAAUCCUACAAAGGCGUUAUGCAAUAUUGCAAGCAAUAGACUUGUUCACUUCAUUUUGCUUCAUGAGGAUGUUUCCCUUCAAUAUUUCAUCCCUGCACUGUCAUGAGAACGCAGUCAUGUAACUGGAGUUUCGAUUGGCUUGAAUAGCUGGUGACCGCAGUGGACUAGACUAUCGAAAGCCACCCGUCCAGAUCCUUCCCUUUAUUAAGUCACGGACAACUGAAUAGUAGAACUUUGCCUUUUUAAAGUAUUUUCCUGAAGUUUACUCGUAGAUGACUUCGUGCCAUUUUUAAAAAGAUGAUGUUAAAAUAUCCUUUGUCGUCAACUGAAAGCAAAACAAAAUGUGUGACUCCCAGCUCUUCUCAGUGCCCAAAAGCUUUGGGAAAAAUUGUGGAAAUUUCAAAGGCGGAAGGCUGCGGAUAUGGGUCCUCCCUUCACUUCCUUUUGCCUAAAAGGUAACUUCUCCAAAAUUUGCAGAGCAGCGUAACAGUAGGAGAUUUCGGUCGCUCCCGAGAAGCAGUGCGAAAAACUCAAAUCGAGAGUGAUCUGUGCCACUUGUGCUUUUCUGAACCUUUGCCUUCUGAUCCCAGAAAGGUAAGAAGUGAGUUUUAUAGGGCCUGAAGGCAAUCCUGUCGCUUCAGGAAAAAGGCAUUGAAUAGUCGCAGAGGUUCUCUUCGAGAUCAUGACUAAUUUACACUUGGUUUUCCUCCUGGGCUUAUCCUAGUAUGCUUUCUACUGCGUAGGCCUCUCAAGUAUAGCAAAAUUCAAGCGCUCAGGUACUACAUCAUCUUUCUGCAAGAUCAGAUGCACAGGAACUUGAAGGAUAUGAUUUUUCAAAGUGAACAACAAAAGCGUAAGACGUGAGAGAAGAAAGCGUCUUCUGUGGCUUCCACCAAAUUUUCUGAAAAGGAGCUAUUUAAAUUGCUGUGUGUACGGCGGUGACAGUACAGUAGUCGUCAGGCUUUGAUAUGCUUGCCUAAAAUAUCCCAAGAAUUACCAAAUUCCAGUUCCAUGAUCGUCAGUUGGAGAUGUGAUGUGAAACAGCACGUAGCACAUAGCUUACAUGUUCAUCACUGGCAAGUUGAGCCUGCAGUGCUGAUAGGAAAAAAACAAAACUAGUCACUUGGAAUUCCAGUGGCAUCAAGAGUUAGAAAUGAGCAGAAAUUAAAAUGUGUAUAAUAGAAUAUACAGUAUCACAGAAUGAGUUCACUUAUAGCGGAUUCUCUUAUUGUUUUUCAGGUUAUUAAUGUUGGCCUUUGAUUUUUGGUAUUGUUGUGUUCUCUUAUGGAGUUCAGAGUAUUUGGUUUGACUUAGAAUGGGGUUCUGAAAUUUCUUUUCAGAAAGCAAUAAAAUGUAAUUUUACCUCCCAUACAAAAUGAAUAGUACUCUUAACUAGAUCUUCAAAGUCAUUCUCAUGGAAAAUUAGUUGUACUGAAGUUAUUUUGUUUCUUCAAUCUGGAAGUGUUUACAAUAUGUUUGGAAAUUUUUUUUUGUAUGCAAAAAUUUUUCUUUAAAUAAUGCUGUCCACCCUUAGAAGUCAAAUAUUGUAUUUUCUGAUGAGCAUUGCCAAUACAUUUCUGUUCUUGAAUGAAA